AUGCGUCUCGCUUUUGGUGUGGCUUUGAGCCUAAUCUCUGUUUUAGUGAGCGCUCAGACAUACACCAGCUGCAACCCGCUCAAGAAAACUUGCCCUGCGGAUCCUGCACUUGGCAAAGCGGAUCAGAGCUUUACCUUCACCUCGGGUGCAUCCGACCAAUUCACUGCAUCUGGCACUGUCGACUACGAUUCUACUAAUGGUGCCGCCUUCACGGUCGCCAAGAAGGGCGACGGCCCUUUGAUCCAGUCCAACUUUUACAUCAUGUUUGGCAAGGUUGAAUACACUAUCAAGACUGCCCCUGGAACAGGAAUUGUCAGCAGUGCGGUACUCCAGUCCGAUGAUCUCGACGAGAUCGAUUGGGAGUGGCUUGGAGGUGACAACACCCAAGCUCAGACCAACUACUUCGGCAAAGGUGAUACAAGCACCUACAACCGCGGUGCCUUCAUCCCCAACACUGGAAAUCACGAUGAAUUCCAUACCUACUCCGUCGACUGGACGAGCAGCCAGCUUGUGUGGGCCCUUGAUGGCACGACCGUUCGCGUUCUCACUCCGGCAACCGCAGACACUAACCAGUACCCCCAGUCGCCAAUGAUGAUCAAAGUUGGUGUGUGGGCAGGUGGUGACUCAAGCAAUGCCAAGGGCACCAUCGAAUGGGCUGGUGGCGAGACGGACUACAGCAAGGGUCCCUUCACCAUGUACUUGAAGUCGAUGACCGUGACCGACUACUCGACCGGAAACUCGUACAGCUACAGCGACACUUCCGGAACAUGGGAGUCCAUCACAUCGGAUGGAGGCGAGAUCAAUGGCAACAAGGCCGACGAACCUACAGCAACCCAGAGUGCACCCGCUAUUACCGCGACCGUGAGCAACAUCCCCCUCGCAUGGGAUGGAACUCACAAGGAGACCGCGACCUGGACCACCCCCGAUACUUGGCCCUGGGUUGCCACGGAUUCUCCGACUGCCGGCUCGACUGAUACUAGUAGUUGGGAAUCUAGUUCCGGACAUAUUUCACCACCAACUGGGGGUUCCAUGAGUGAGCACUCCGCCCCACCCAAUACCCAAAAGGAUUCAGGAACUAAGUCCCUGUCACUUGCACAGUCUACCUCCCUCUCUAUAUCAGUGUCUUUGGCUUCCUCGCUGGUUUCCUCUUCCCCCUUUGGUUAUAAUACGUCUUCUAGUAGCCUCACUCGAGACGCAACCAGGUCUACUUCGAAGAGUACUUCUACCCAGCAGCAUUCCACUGCCCAAGACAAUGGGUCCCUCACCACCGGCGCGAAGCCUCUUGCUCCCUCGAUCGGUAAUGCAAUGAGCUUGACCAUGGUCCCUGCUGCCCUCAGCAUUUUUUGUGCAUUGUUUGGUGGAGUUCUCAUCUGGCUUUAG